CAGCUAGAGACAGCAGACGAUGGGCUGCUCUGCGUGGCAAUACAGAUGGUCCUGUCUGCAAGAUGCAUAGGGCCUUCUCCCAGCAUGGGAACAGCCACAGCCCUGGUUGCGAAGCUAGGUGUGCCCUUGUGCUCAGCUCUAGGCUGGAGGCCGCGCGGCAUGGCAUAUCCCAGGCUAGGACUCUCGGGAGGAGCUGACCCGGAGACAGCUGUGAUGCUGUGAUACACACAUGCACUGUCUCCAGUCUCCUGCAGUGCCAGCUGGGCCCCCUCGCCUGUUCAGAAAGACCAUGUCCAGAUAGAGCCAUUGGGUAGAUUUACCCACCUCUGCUCCUGGCUGGUGAGACAGCUUGCACCACCCCAUGGUUUGAUGGUCCUAAACUGCAGCGGGGGGCAUUGAGGUGGGAUGUUAGGAAGAACUUAAUGCCUUCGAUGGUGGUCAAGCAUUGCUGCCGGCUGCCUAGAGAGGGUUGGCAUCUCCAUCCUUGGAAACUUCUAAGAGCAGGUUGGGCAGAGACUUGAUGGUUGGGGACAAUCUUACCCUGAGCAGGGGUCUGAUGCCUUCAUGGGAUCCCUUCCAGCUCUACUUUCCUCUGAUUCUGUUCUGUGAUUUUGUGGUCUUGCUUGAGAGGUUUCCCCUUUUCCUACUGACUUCCCAAAACACAACUCCUAUGUAGAUCUGUUUGGGGAAGGGGGGAGAACGGACUCUUUUCUUGAUCCCACCCUGCCGGCAACUUAUAUUUUCAUUUUCUUUAGCCGCUGCCUGCUUCCUGAUGCUGUGUGUGGUGACAAUAGAUGUAAAUGCUGCACCCUUAACAGGAUCUGGUAUCUAAGAAAAUUUCCCAACUUCCUCAACAGUGACCUCGUGCUACCCUGCCAUGAGAUCAUCCUGCGCGUGACCCAGCUUGCCUGGCAAGGGACAGAAAUGGUGCCCAGGCCCUUGGCCAGCCCCUGCACAGGAACAGCUAUCUCCCCUGCAUGGCAGAGCUGACAAGAACACAACGUUUCCUGGUGACAGACUACCAACUACUGCAGGGAGCAUGAUGACAGCCAUCCUGGAGCGGAUCAGCACCUUGUCGGUGAGCGGGCAGCAGCUGCGCCGUCUGCCCAAGCUGCUGGAGGAAGGCUUCCCCAAAAUGCCGUGCACUGUCAGGGAGUCGGACGUGCCCCAGCUUUUCCGGGAGCCCUACAUCCAGACCGGGUACCGCCCCACCGGCCAGGAGUGGCGGUACUACUUCUUCAGUCUCUUCCAGAAGCACAAUGAGGUGGUGAAUGUGUGGACCCACCUCCUGGCGGCCCUGGCAGUGCUGCUGAGGUUCAAAACCUUUGCUGAUGGGGAGGAGCUGUCCGUGAAUGUCCAGUCCUUGCCCCUGUUCAUCUUUGUCCUGUCCUCCAUCACCUACCUGACGUGUAGCCUCCUAGCCCAUCUGCUGCAGUCUAAGUCAGAGCUGUCCCACUACACCUUCUACUUUGCGGACUACGUUGGAGUCAGCAUCUACCAGUAUGGCAGCGCCCUGGCCCAUUUCUACUACAGCUCUGAUCAAGCCUGGUACGAUAAGUUCCGGCUCUUCUUCCUCCCGGCAGCUGCUUUCUGCGGCUGGCUCUCCUGUGCCGGCUGCUGCUAUGCCAAAUACCGAUACCGCCGCCCGUACCCCAUCAUGAGGAAGGUGUGCCAAGUGAUCCCGGCCGGGCUGGCCUUCGUCUUGGACAUCAGCCCGGUGGCGCAUCGGGUGGUCAUGUGCCACCUGGGGGGUUGUGAGGAGAAGGCUGCCUGGUAUCACACCUUCCAGAUCCUCUUCUUCCUCAUCAGCGCUUACUUCUUCUCCUGCCCCGUGCCCGAGAAAUACUUCCCUGGGUCCUGCGACAUCGUUGGCCAUGCCCACCAGAUCUUCCACACCUUCCUGGCCAUCUGCACGCUCUCGCAGCUUGAGGCUAUCUUCCUAGACUACAAGAACAGGCAGGAAAUCUUCCAGAGGAGACACGGGCCUCUCUCCAUCUACGUGUCCUGCGGCUCGUUCUUUGGCCUCGUGGCUUGCAGCGCAGUCACAGCCUACUUCUUGCGGUGUCGGAUCAAGGCAGCGCUGGUUAAAAAGGACUCUUGAGAGGCCAUCCUGGAGAUGGAGUAGAUACUAACUGGCUGGGUCCAGCUUGCUGGAAACCAGUGAAGGAGGAUAAUGUAGAUAGACCUAAACUGGUUUGUUUGCAUAACACUGUCUGUCUAACAUGGCUGAGAGAGGAGACUCGGGCUGGACGAGCCUUUGCAUCAGAGGCAUUUCUGCUGGAGUGGCCCCUUCCUGCAGGGCAGGGGGGUGUUUUAUGCCAGAUCAGGACACCUAACCAAGGACGCAUGGGUGAGGCAGAGGUUUCUAGUCCAUUCCACUCCAGUAAGCCUGCUGGAGAUAUUAUACCCAGUUUCAGCCAAGGGCUGUUAUAUUAGACUGUGGAGCAGUCUUCCAAGGGAAGAUGGGGAAGCACCAUGACUACAGGCACUCAUGGCUUUGGCAAACAUUGGAGAAUAUAUGGCAAAGAUCAGUCCUAGACUAAUGAGAUGACUCACUGGGGUCUGUCCAUCUUUGUGGGGUGGAUCCAGCUGUUGUGGCAGUAAUUGCAAAAUGUCCCUGGGAGCAGGAUUGGGUGCUUUGAGUCUAAAAUUAAGGGUGCAGCUGCAAGGGUGUUGCAAGAUAUGCAGGUGCAUUCAUGGUUGGUCGGGUUGGAAGGGACCUGAGCAGAUCAUCAAGUCCGACCCCCUGCCAUGGCAGGAAAAAGUACUGGGGUCAAACGACCCCAGCGAGGUGUUCAUGUAACCUCCUCUUAAAGACCCCCAGUUCGUCCUUGCUCCUUCUCCGGUUUGGGUUCUUGUCCACCACGUUCUCCACUCUCCUUCGUCCUCGGCUUCAUCGAUACCAGGUUUGUAGGGUGACUGUGACAAACCAUUGUAGCAAUAGGCCUGGUUUUACCCUCUAGCUCCACCUUCCCCCCAAAAACUUUGGGGACAUUGAGAGCCAGAUCUAGCCUUGACACCUCGGCCUUUCCUCUGCUCCACUGAUUGGCAUUGGCCCAGCAUUUCUCAGGCAGCUGACGCAGCAGUGAUGUGAGCUCAGAGCCAUCUUUUCUCCCAGGGCCGUCGUGCUGCAGGUGUUUACAGACAUCGAGUCCCAGGGCUGCUCAUGAAAAUUUCAUACGACGCGGCAGACAGUCUCAGGGAGGGGUAACUGGAUACAGGCCUUUUCCGUUGUAUGUCUGUUGUUUGAAUGCAUCCUGGCUUGUCUAUGAUAUGGUUAGCUAUUUGGCAGCCUAAGUCAAAUGCGAGUUUGUGCCUCUAGCCUAGUUAUGAACAGAGCAUUUUCCCUGGUUGCCCACAAAGGCAACAAAGAUUAAAUCAGCAUGAAGUUCCCCCUUCCCCUUUAACGGUGAGUAUGGUCCUGUUCUGGGCAGGAGCAGUGUGCUUUAAUGCGCCAUUAUCCAGCCUGUGGCAUGCUUAGAGGGGCAAACAGAGGCCUUUGAGGAACCUGCCACAUUUCAUCAUCAAUUAAAACAUCAUGACAGGAGGAGAAAGGAGUCGGGGAGAUAAAAACGAUGCGCUCAUCCUCCCUCUGACAAAUCCUGCCUGGUGUCUGAUGGUCUGUCCUGACCUCAGGGCAGGAUUCUUCUCUAUCCUGGAUGGCAAAUUGCUCCUGCAUGCUUCUUUCCGCAGAGCGCCAACGGGUGCCCAGGGACUGGAGAGGGCACAGACUGUACUGUGCUGGCAUAGGGAUGGAGCGGAUGGUGUAAGAGGCCCUUGCCCUCUGCUGCAAGGAGAGGAUGGCAGAAGACUGGCAUAUGGCAGGCAGCGUAUAACCAUGAGACACCGGUGCCUUUUCCUUUGGGACUGGAAUGGGAGGAGGGGGCAGCUUAUGUAUUUCCUGCAGCGGGUUGUGACUACCACCACCCCACACGACCGACAAGGGGCUGGCAGGAUAGGAAGUUAUUCGCCGACUGGCCAAGUCCCUGCUGUGUUGGCUUCAGUGGGAAAUAGGAAACUGGAGGCACCGGGCCAGAACGCUGUGAUGUAAAUUGGCGUAGCUCCAUUGAAAUCAAUGGUGCUUCAUAUCAGCUGCCUUCUAGGAUUCCCUGCCUAGGCAGAGUCCUCGUAGGGCCAGCCUGUACCCACCUCUUGCAUUGUCCGUUCUGGUCUCUCCCUCUGAUCCACGCUGGUCCCCUCCCGUUGGAUAUGCCACCAUGCUUUGUGUAGGUCCUGUUCCUGGUCUCCAUGCUCAGGUGGUCCUUGAGCGAGCUGGUUCACACGUGGUGUAGAUCCUUAUUAACUUUGGUAGCUCUACGCUGAUUUACUCCAGCUGAGGAUGUGCACAUCAAGUCCGAGUCUAAAUAUGCAAAGCCAAACACCGUGGGAGUUUGGAGAUGGUGCUGGGAGAGGUGGGUCUGAAGCUCACACACCACAAGCCUUGGCUGUAGCAUUCAAAUAUCUGCUUUAAGGAGCUUCUCAAAGUCCCCUUUUGUUGUGGGCUUUGACACCCAGAAAGCUGUGAUGUCAGCCAUAACCUUUUGCUGGGUAAAGGUCAAUCGGAGACAAAAAUGGAGGAGGGUAGGGUCAGGGGGAUCUCGGAAAACCAAGCCACACACUAGGUGCCUUUCUUUGGAUUCAGGGGCCUAACUCUAGGCCCCCCAAUCUGAAAAUAUUAGCCUUAAUGAUUUAAUCUGUGGAGGAUGGGAUGUGGGGGAUGCUGCUUGGGUUAAAGGAUGGAGAGAAGUUUUGAACUCGGCACUCACAGUUCAAAUCUAGCCUGGGUUGGUCAUUACUAGAAAUCUUUAAUAGGAGGCAACUACUCAGUUGUCUUCAUGACAUUGUGUUGGUCUCUUAUCCUUUUGGGGAAAACUUUCUAUGGAACAGUGUUCCUGUAGCCCAGCAAGACCCAGACUGCUGCUCCUGAGCCACAAGUGGCUCUUCAGUUUAUCACCCAUGGUUUCAAGCAGAUACUUUAUUUCCUACAUGCAUUGGGUAUAUCAAAUAAUGUGGCACGCACUUGGGUGCAUCUACCCAGGAUGUUUACUGCGGAGUUGUCUAAUUAGCUCCGGAGUAAAGUCUCAGCGUCUACACAUUCAGCCCUAUUAAGCCACAGUAAACUAAUUAACUCUGCCAUAGGUUAGUACCUGUAAACACAAGUACUGUCCUGCGGUGAUGUUAUUUAGUGCACCGCCGUGCAUGUGCAGACACUGAUGGGAUUGGCUGGGGCACGAGGGUGCUUCAGUGUGGGAGCUGCCUGCUGGCUAGCACUGCAUGGAAGUACCCUUGUGCCUUAGCCAGCCUCUCUGCAGGACAUCGAGCCGGGUCAUAGCAGCCCUGGGCUGGCAGGCUGACCCCCCUGGGUCUCCUGCCAGCUGGUGGAGUCCCGGGCGCACGUGUAAAUGCAGCACCUGGGAGCAAUCCAGCACGAAGUAUGCCAAUAUUUAUUCAUUCACAUUAAUAGCACAUGUAGAUCCGCCCUUCCUGUUUCUAUUGAUCGCAGUACAAGUAGGACAAGAGCUUUCUGUUGAGCUGCCACAAUACACCCAGGGCUGUCCUGAGCCGGCCUGGACUGAACAUCACUGCUGUAGCAAUACCAGUCCAGUUAAAAUGUAUUGCCCUGAAGUGUGAAUGCAGUUAUGCUGGUAUAAACAUGCUUCCCUGCAGGAAGGGCAAGACACCUGUUCAAGGUGUAUAGCAUAAGAUUAUGGUGUAAAUACCUGUAUACACUGUGUGUGUACCUGCAGUAGGCUUCUUUUUGCUCGUAGCAAACCAUACUACUGAGAGACAUGAUUAUUCUGGUACAGUCUUUGGGUAUAGACCAGGCCUUUGCUUCUGCAAGCAUGGCAAACCAGGCUCCACGAUCUGCCCCAAGCAAAGGACAGAAAAAGCAAUGCCAUCUGGGCGUGGAGAACCUAGAAAGACAUCUUCAGUGGAUAUGUAUCACCACCUACUGGUGUCAAAAAGCAAUUCCACUUUUCCCCAUUGCAUCCUUGGUGGUGUUUUUAGUCUUCCCACGUUGCAUCUGUGAGUGAUGCCAUCCACUUCCCCAUAUCCCUCUCUGCAGCCAGACCAGCCACUGACCUUCUUGUGGGAAUGAUGGGGCUGAUUUUGCAGGGAACUACUGACCAAUGCUGCUGUCCUUGAGACGCAAGGUGCUUUGUCCAACACUGGAGCCACCUCCAAUUGCCACCCCCCAGUUCUUUUCCCGGUGCUUGAACUAGCUGUCAUCAGACCUGCUUGCACAUCCUCCCUCUUUCCAAGUCGAUUUGUAUUCGUGCCUUAUAUGUCACCCGACCUUGUGCUGUGAGAUAUGAUGCAUCUUCCCCCUGGGCUGGCCAGGUACCAAGCAGCUGUUGACAGCGCUAUCCUGCUCCCUCUGAAGUCGGGGAGAGGUUUGCUGUUAACUUUGGUGGUCCUAAGAAACUAAAUGCCACCGCACCAGCUUCCCAGCUAGUUGUGUGUCCCACAACUCAUGCUCAGCCGGCUGGAACUUGCCAUCCUUAGGCAUCCCUGAAAUCAUUUGCUCCAGCAUUGGGGACUUCUUGAAUGAUGCAAAACUGAACAGAUCCUCCUCAGACUGAUCAGCCAUAACUGAUCUAGUGGUUUAUAGUGUCUAACAGCGACCUGGUUGUAAGAGGCUGAGCCCAUCCAUCUUCAGUGGGUUGCCUAUGGCUUGUGAACCCAUGAAACUAGGGGCCUGGCCUUAACUAGUAGAGAUCAUAACAGCUCUGCUGUAGCCAUUGGAUUUAUGCUGCUUAACACUAAGGAUGCCAGCUGGCCCGGUGUGCAUUGCAUUCAGGAUUUUUCCAAGGGGAAUGGGAGAUUUGGGUUAGAAGCAGCCUCUUCAGACCUGGUGAAGAGGGCAUGGUAGGUAGCUUAAAGGUGCAUUUCCAUCAAAGGCUUUACAUAACAGAACAGGGAUAUAUGCUGAAGCCCCACACGUGCCUUGGUAUUCAAAACUCUUACUGAUGAUGAGCAUUGCCUCCUGCCAAGCUGAAAACUACUAAACAUGAAUAUAUUGGGGUUCGUCCGUUACCUGGGAAGCGACAAGGGGUGCGAGUAUCACACACCAGCUGUCCUCCCCACCUAUCCUGAAUUUUGUAUUGUUGAAAACACUGAGAACAUCCAAGGCUUUGCACUGUACUGACAACCGUUUAAAAUCCCCAGUAAAAGAAAGUUAUAAAAGCCGUA